AUUACAGUGUUUGUGUACUGGUCGGCGGGCAGCCAAUAGCAAGACAGUACUCGUCUUUAAUUUCAAGCAUGUGUGAACAGAAUUGGACCGGUUGCUAGUGGUAUGAUCAAUUUACGGGGAUUUAGCAAAACACAAUAUGAUUUAGACCUCUCUUUCUCGAUAAAAACAUUAGGAUGCCGAUCAAAAAAGGUCUUGUUGCGCCCCAGAAUACCUUCAUACAGACCAUUAUCAAGAAAUACGACGGAUCUCCGGAUAGGAACUUUGUCCUUGGAAAUGCUCAARCUUCAAACUUACCGAUUAUAUACUGUAAUGAGGGCUUCUGUGAAUUGACAGGGUAYAGUCGAGCAGAGCUCGUUCAAAGGCAUUGUAGCUGUGACUUCUUGUGCGGSCAAGGCACUAGUGAAACGGCAAGAAGAGAAGUUCAAAAUGCCCUCAAAGGCACUGAAGAAAAACAUAUUGAAAUCCUCUACUACAGGAAAGACGGGACUGCUUUCCUGUGCUCUGUUCUUGUCGCCCCGGUCAAAACUGAGUCGGGGACUGUGGUAAUGUACAUAGUGAAUCAUGAAGAUGUCACGUGGUCGCCUAACAGGGAUGACGUCAUUCAAAAAAAACCAUGUUUCCCAUUUCAUUCGCGAGCGAAUUAUAGAAUCAAUUUCAAACGACGAUCUUCUCAGAAAGACAACGACGAGAAAAACAAACAUAGAAAAACAUCGAAACAUAAACACAGAAAGCUGGAAGAACGACCAAGUUCUCUUCCGACAUCUAGUGCUACAAGUACAGUCCAGUCCCCAGAGUUUAUACCACUGAUGAGCAUACACCCCGCCACCCCCCCGGAAUGCUCUAAUGAAGAAGAACCUGAGACAAGCUCAUUGCUCCACCCUGGUGGGUCGCGUGGCUGUACGAAGGCGUCGUCAAUGAGUAAUUUGUCUACCGGUACAGGAACCAAUCACAAACCGGAGUUUUUUAACAAAGACACUAAACUUCCUCCUCAUUCGUUGAUAGCCGCCAUGCGGCCUGACAUGGACAAUCUUUUUCUACCAAUCAAACCGCAGAUAUCUAGCUCAACUUCUGAUACGGCUCUUUGGAAAUUUAAGAGCCGAAGCUCUGGAUUAGAACAGAAUGACGAGCUGGGCUCGAAGCUCAAGUUGUCUCCAGGGCUACAACCAACUGUAAGCCAUCCAGGGAAGACGGAAAAAGUGGCCCAGGUCAGAUCUAUAGUCAAGGUCAUGUCCCUAGGAGCAGAUGUAUUGCCCGAGUAUAAACUCCAGGCACCCAACAUCCAUCCCUGGACCAUCCUACACUAUUCACCCUUCAAAGCAUUCUGGGACUGGUUGAUCUUGUUCCUCGUCAUCUACACAGCAAUCGUAACACCAUAUAUGGCAUCUUUCAUCCUAACACGUGACGAGCGUCGGGACCGACUCAACAAGGACCCGGAGACCCGACGGGAUUACGGCCCUCGGGAAGUCUAUAGUGAUCCCAUUGUUAUACUAGAUUACAUCGUGGACGUUAUGUUUAUUAUCGAUAUUUUCAUCAAUUUUCGGACAACGUUUGUAGACAACAAUGAUGAGGUGGUGUCUAACCCUUGUAGGAUAGCAGUACAUUACCUCAAGACCUGGUUUGUUAUUGAUCUUGUGGCUGCGAUCCCCUUUGAACUGCUCAUUAUGAUCGGCAACACUGAUCAGACAACAACGCUGAUUGGACUGUUGAAAACCGCCCGUCUUCUACGUCUCGUGCGCGUGGCUCGUAAACUGGACCAUUAUUCUGAAUAUGGCACGGCUGUCCUCUGCCUGUUGAUGUGUUCUUUUGCUUUACUAGCCCACUGGUUAGCGUGUAUAUGGUAUGCUAUAGGUAAUCUAGAGAGAAGCAAGAAAAAUAAUACGAUAGGCUGGCUGGAUAUUCUUGCUGAUCAAAUUCAAACACCGUACAAUGAUAUGAUCCCGGAGAGUGGCCCAGAUUUAGAGUCUAAGUACAUCACAGCUUUAUACUUUACUCUGAGCAGCCUGACUAGUGUAGGGUUUGGUAAUGUCUCUCCUAACACUAACACUGAGAAGAUAUUUUCUAUUUGCGUCAUGUUGAUAGGAUCUUUGUUUUACGCCGCCAUUUUUGGCAACGUGGCAGCAAUUAUCGCACGUUUAUAUUCCAAUACCGCACGUUAUCACGCGCAGAUGCAGCGGGUUCGUGAGUUCAUUCGCUUCCAUCAGAUUCCAUUUCCCCUACGACAACGAGUUGAAGACUAUGCACACCAUGUUUGGUCAUAUACUAAUGGCAUUGAUAUGGAACAGGUUCUCGUUCAAUUCCCAGAAUGCUUACAAGCGGAUAUUUGUCUGCACCUGAACACCGAACUUUUAAGUAUGUACAAAGUGUUUAAAUCUGCUAGUGAAGGAUGUCUUAGAGCACUGGCACUACGGCUCAGGACAACACACCUUCCCCCUGGGGAUUAUAUAGUUUAUCAAGGUGACGAGGUAUGUCAGCUGUAUUUCAUUAUGAGAGGAACUGUAGAAAUACUACAAGAUGACGUCAUCAUGGCAAUAUUAGGCAGGGGAGAUAGCUUUGGCGAAAGCUUCAAUUCUUAUCCUGCCCGUCCAUCAGGAAAAUCCAAAGCAAGCGUACGAGCUCUGACCUACUGUGACCUGCGCACUAUAGCGCGUGAAGAUAUCAUUCACAUCCAAAAGCUUUAUCCCGGAUUUAAACACAGUUUUGAAAGUGAUUUAGAAUUGACUUUUAAUCUGAGAGAUGAAGAUCCCAGCAGCAGCGACCACGAAACUGACGAGCACUUUGAAUGUUCUUGUGACGUGACUUCUAAAGACAACGAACACUCUACGUCAUCCACCUCAUCCUUACACAACAACAAGCCAAAUGACAACAUUUUUGACAAACAGGAAGACUUUCUCCCUCCCCCCUCCAAUGUUGCAAAUGAUAUCCAUGGCAACAGUAGGAACAUGCUCAACCCAAACGUUAUUAUUGAUAAUGCAAAGCUGAAAGCCGGCAAAAGACCUUUGUCUGAUACAAAAACUGCUAUGCCUGGCUACGACAGAAGUGUUUCUCAAGAUGUUCCACCAAAAUAUGAAGACUUAUCAGUAGAACAACAGGGAUCGAAUAAACUAGAAUCUUGUAAUGGCUGUUUACCAAUUCUGAGGAAUAUCGAGACCAGAAUGGAGGCUCUAGAAUCGCGAUUGACUCACUUAGAAACAAAACUGUCUUCAGAUGUUGAGUCAAUGUUUUCUUUAUUGAAGUCAUUCGAACCUAUACUGAGCGAGAAAACCAAGACGGGAUCCAAACACACCCCUGUUUGAUGUUAAUUCGUAAGAGAAGAACCAGAAUGCGUGGCAGUGCUCACAGGAUAAGAUGGGCCUGCCACCAUGUACAUCAAACGACUGGUCAAAAUUCGUCCAAUCAAACAGCUGGAUACGGUUUUCACAAAAUGAAGUGAAGCUACCAAUCGCAACAAAAGUUGAAACUUGAAACUUAUGUACCUUUUUUUAUGAAAUCUUUAUUUUUUGAAACGUUUAAGUGGUUGAUUUGUAAUGGAAUCCAGAAACUUUGGAAUAUAUGGACAAUUUUUAUAUAAUUCAAAGAAAAUAUGUCAAUAUUUUAUCUCAUUUUACAUGAAGCUUACAGCAAAAUUAAUCCUGGCAUUGCGGUYUUUGUCAAGCAGGCUCAUUCCAGGAAACGCUUUCUCAUGGGCACAUGAUUAUGGUAUAUUUCAGUAUUGCCCCAUAAUGCCAUGCGGGACCGCAUCGCUCGUUACCCAGUCUUUAAUUGAACUUGACUACAAAAGGUAAAGAUAGUUGUAUUUCUUUCUGGUAAAAUGAUUGAAUACUGAUGAGAAUGCUGCUUUACGGAGACUUAUUUGUUGCCAGACAGCUCUUUAAACGAUAAUUAACAAACUUAAAAACGACAAUUUUACAAUUAUUUAAAAAAUUUUAAUCAAAAACUAAUGUAUAUAAAACAUGUUAGGUCCAUUUUUUACAAUAAA